CUAUGCUGAUAGUCUUUCUGUUAAUUAGGUCUGCGGACAUGCAUUUGCAAGCAGUGAAGUGUGUGCAUGGACUAAUCGUAGCAGAAAUGAAGCAGCAGCAGAAAGAUAUUUAGUCAUGCAGUUGUGCGCAGCAGCUCGGCUUUCUGCACUCGUGGGGUUUCAGUUGAACCUCCCUCCUCCUGGCUCUGACGUCACGUGCCUGCCUGCCUGCCUGGCUAUUGCGCGAACUAUUUUCUGUAGCAACAGCAGUGAGUGUAUUUCAGCCGCUUACUGCUAACGAGCACCGAAAUACGAGCAAGGGUCAGAGAGAGAGAGAGGGAGAGAGAGGGAGGGAGGGUUAGCGAAAGAAUUCAUCUGAACCAGAGUGGCUGUAAAACUAAGCAAAAAUAAACAAUUAAAAAAAAUUACUGCUAAAGCAUCAAAAGGGGGAAAAAAUCGCGCUCUCGCUUUGGAGCGAGAAAUGGAUCUACCUGCCGUCGGAGAGCAUGUCUUCGCGGUGGAGGGCAUCGAAAAGAAGCGCAUACGGAAGGGAAGAACCGAAUAUCUGGUGAAGUGGAGAGGAUGGUCACCGAGAUACAACACAUGGGAACCGGAGGAGAACAUCCUGGACCCGCGCCUUCUCGUCGCCUUCCAAAACAGAGAGCGACAAGAGCAGCAAUUGGGAUAUCGCAAAAGAGGACCUAAACCCAAACAUCUUCUGAUCCAGUUACCUGCGUUUGCACGGAGGUCCAGCAUCCUUGCUGAUCUUCAGGAGACAUCACUGGAUGAGGAGAACCAGUUCAAAGUGGAUUCACUUCAGAUGCAUCGAUCACAACCUCAGCAUUACCAGCUCAAUAGCAAAAAACAUCACCAGUACCAGCCCAACAACAAGGAGAUCCCGGCAGAAGCUCACAUCAAUGGCAAGAAGAAGCACUUCUAUCAGCUAAACAGCAAGAAACACCACCAUUACCAACCAGACCCUAAGAUGUAUGACCAGCAAACCACAAAGCCGAAAGAGGUUAAAGGGCAUGACCCAUCUAUUAAAGGAUGGAACCUCCCUCCGGCCUUGCAACAGAAAUGGGUGCGUGACAAGGACACUGGUAGCUUGAAUAAAGUGAAAGAUCUAUCCAUGGAGCAUAAGCAACUGCUUAUUCCUGCUAACAAAGAAGACCAAACGGUAAAGGCAACCUCGAAGGAGCCCCUGCUUUCCAGUGGUAUCAGUAGUAAGAUGAAGAUCAUCAGGAACAAAAACAAAAAUGGGCGAAUUGUCAUUGUCAUGAGCAAGUACAUGGAUAAUGGGGUCCAGGCUUCCAAAGUGAAAAACAGGGAUUCUCCAGGAACAGAGAAACCAAAACAAGCUGAGGAGUCUAUAAAUGGCAAUGCAACCAGUCUUUUAAAAGUGACAGCAGGGCAGGAGAAUGGUGCUCCUACUCAUUCGGGAGACAGUACAUGUGUUACCAGUGAAGUUGUUCCCAAAGUGCCCCACAAAAAGUUUGAGCUCUCAAAAGCAAAACUGAACACUGAGGCAGGUCACAGAACAGAACAAGAGGUGCAUAAGAUCAGUUCAUCACACAAUCACUCUCUUCAACUGUCCAACAAACCUAAUUCUUCACCCGUAUUAGUGGGGGAAGACACGCUAUCGCAAAAAGACUCCACCAAUCACCAUCUCAACCAUCGUAAACGGAACCUGUCAGAAACUAACAAGGCUGCGAGUGAUUGUAAGAAGUUCCUCAGUUCCAGAAGUAUCAGCGCUCCCGAUCCAGUCAUCAUUUCCCCUCAGAGGGAACCUAUAGACCUGCACUGUUCCGGCCAAAUCACCAGUGGGGGCUACAACUACAAUGUUACCGACACCAUUCCUGAUGAACCAAUCGACUUAAGCUGUGGGAGGACUAGGCUACAUGCAGAAGCUCCCACAGAGUCCCACGUCCCAAUGGACAACACACCUGAAAUUUCAGAAAAGUCAGAAGAACCAGUCAGCUAUUUUAAGCCAUUUUCAGGUAACAUCAUCAUUACGGAUGUCACCACAAACUGUCUGACUGUGACCUUUAAGGAAUAUGUCUCCAUUUAACAGCCUGCAAUCCUUCAAUUUGAUACACUGAGGACUGCCGAUACUUAUAUAGAUUUGUAGAUAUGUAAUUCUUAUAAGAAUUCUGUACAUACUGUAUGUACCUGAGAUUUGUUAUGUAUAGAAAGGAUUUUUUUUUUUUUUUCAGUGUAGGGUUUUUUUUUUUAUUUCAUUUGGAGUAUGUUAAGGCCUGUAUAUGCACAGAUAAAAAAAAGGAGUGUUUUGAAUGUUUAAAGACAGGUACAGUCUCUACUCUGAAGAAGAACUCAAUCUGGGAGGACAUGCUGAGCUUAAGAAGUUGUUAAAGCAUCACUGAACAAGCACUUACUUACUUUCCAGACCUUGCACACUAAAUGGAAAUAGCCGUUACAUAGACACGUGUGCUUCGUUUUGAGCACUAUUUGAACCUUCUCUUUUUUAAGAUUGUACUUCCUUGCAAACACAGUGCAAACACAUGGUUUUACAAUAUUACCUUUUUCUUGCUAACAAGUCUGUGCCAUUUUAGACAGUUCGAGCUGAGCUUAUUCUAAUGUCAGAUGGAUAUUCAGGGUGUUUUGCAGAGCUUUUUUAUACAUAUUUUACUGAAAGUCACCCUUGCAUUGUUGCAUAGUUGAUUCUGUUGUGAAAGAGACAGGUCUUUGCUGUAUACAAUGUUGAAAUAGUCUCAAUCAGACAUGCCAAUUUGAUCGUUUGGUUAUCUUUACCUACACAUUAAAUGAGUAAGCUGCACUUUGCCAUCAGUUAAGGUGAUUUGAAGAAGGCCUGGAUGACGCCGACCAACAGGGUAGAGCCUCCCUUUUCUAGCGUGGUCAAAAAAUGUCAUGCUGAUUAACUUGUAAACCAUCACAUGUGGUUUUUUUUUCUUUUUGUAUGUGUGUGUGUGUGUGUGUGUGUGUGUGUGUGUGUGUGUGUGUGUGUGUGUGUGUGUGUGUGAGAGAGAGUGAGAGAAAGAGCAGUCUAUAGAAACAUUUUCUGAGAGUCUGCAUAUUACUUCAUAUUUAACUGCUGAAAUGGUUCUUAUUUUUAUGUCAUGCUUUUUCGUAACUGUUUAUAUUUUUGGUGUGACAUACUAAUAACAGUGUAUGACCAAACAAUUUAUUUUAGACAAUUUGUAACCCUGUAGCACAUAAUAUUGUAAAACUGCUGCUAAUGUGUAUUAUAUAGUUGUUAUGGGGAAAAUGCAGAAUAUGGUGUAGUCAACAUUAGAGUCUAAAUUUGCCUUAAAUGAACAAAGUAAUAAUAAUAAUAAUAAUAGUGUAUCAAUUAUUUACAAAGCUUAUUGUAGUGAAACAAUCAUAGUCAAUACCAUAUCCAGACAGUAAAUGUAUGAGGCUUUUUGAGUGGACCUGACUUUACACUCGUGACUAUACUUACAACAGACCACGGAACUGACAAAUCUGUCGGUCUAGACGUGAUCAUUAGGUUUGGCUUGAUUACUGGAAGCACAACAAAUGCAGCAAUGCCAAAAACAAGACCAUGAAUUAUUUGAUCAUCAGUGAUAUUUUAGAAAGUUGGAUAGGUUCGUUCCAAGACAGGUGUUUGAUUUAUUGCUUCAUUUAGCAGUUUAGUUUUGCAGAUCUUCAACUAUGUGCCUGCAAUCAUUGCCAGUAUGACAAAAGAUGAAGUCUCCUAUUUACAUGUAUCAAAAAUGUUGUUCAUUUCGGAAACUGCCCUCCGACAAACAAAAUACUGUUGCAAUUAUUUUAAAAAAUUAACAAAACCCAACUUUAAUAAAUCACGUCAUGACAUUUCCAAA